AUUCCGGUUAUCGACUUCAGUAAGCUUGAAGGUGAGGAGAGAAGUGCAACCAUGUCACUACUCCAUCAGGCUUGUGAAAAAUGGGGCUUUUUUAUGAUAGAGAAUCAUGGAAUUGACACUUACUUGAUGGACAAUGUGAAGCAGCUCGUGAAUCAGCACUACGAAGCCAACAUGAAGAAGCGAUUUUAUGAAUCAGAGCUACCUAUGAGUUUAGAGAAGAAAGGAAACAUCAGCAACACAGACUGGGAAAGCACAUUCUUUGUUUGGCAUCGUCCAACUUCCAACAUCUAUGAGAUUCAAGGUCUCUCAAAGGAACUUUGCAAAGCAGUAGAUGACUAUAUUGAUCAGCUGAUCGAACUUGCAGAAAAUCUUUCAGAACUAAUGUGUGAGAACCUUGGCCUAGAGAAGAGUUGCAUCAAAGAGCAUUUUCAGGCAGCAAGGGUUUCUGUUGGAACAAAAGUAGCGAUAUAUCCUCAAUGUCCUCGCCCUGAUUUGGUCAGGGGAUUGCGCGAGCACACAGAUGCUGGUGGUAUCAUUCUCUUACUCCAAGACGAACAAGUUCCGGGUCUGGAAUUCUUCAAAGAUGGACAUUGGGUGAACAUUCCACCAUCAAAGAACAACAGACUUUUUGUAAACAUCGGUGAUCAAAUCGAAAUUUUGAGCAACGGGAUGUAUAAGAGUAUUCGACACCGAGUGAUGGCUGAAAAGGAUGGGAAUAGACUUUCCAUUGCCACCUUUUACAACCCUGCUGGUGAGGCCAUCAUUUCUCCAGCGCCAAAGCUCUUAUAUCCCUGUCACCUCCGCUUUCAAGAUUAUCUGAAUCUCUAUUCCAAAACCAAAUUUGCUGAAAAAGGCCCUAGAUUUGAGUCUGCGAAAACAUUGGCCAAUGGGCAUUGAAGACUUCACCUUGAGAAAGAAGGAUUAUUCUUUCCAAGUUUAUGUAUCUGUUACUUAUAAUUUCAGUGAUACCUUUUCCCCUUUUUUCUCUUUUUCAUUUUGGGCAUUCUUUGGGUUGAAGUACAAGAGAAGCUGAUGUAUAUAAGCUUCCUUUACCAUGUAAGAUUGCACUAAAAGUUUUAAGGUUAAAGUUAGGAUUGCUUUGAAAA